AUGGGGAGACCUAGAUUAAUACUUCUUGUCCGUCAUGGAGAAUCUGAAGGAAACAAGGAUAAAACAGUGAAUCAGUAUAUACCAAAUCACAAGGUUCCAUUGACAAACCAUGGACAUGAACAAGCACUUGAAGCAGGAAAGCUUCUAAAGUCUAUUUUAAAAGAAGAUGACUCCAUUUGCUUUUACACGUCACCAUAUCUGAGGGCCCGCCAGACUACAAACGAUAUAAUUGAAGGUAUCAAGGAUACAGGUGUGAAAUAUGUAAUUGAAGAAGAACCUAGAAUGAGAGAACAGGAUUUUGGAAAUUUCCAGAGCACAAAAGAGGAGAUGCAGAGAAUAUGGGUUGAGCGUGCAAAGUACGGCCAUUUCUUUUAUAGAAUUCCUUACGGAGAGAGUGCAGCAGAUGUAUAUGAUAGAUGCGCUUCCUUUGAUGCAUCUCUUUUCAGACAUUUCGCGCGGGACACGUUCCCGUCGAUUUUGGUACUUGUUACGCAUGGAAUCUGGGCGAGGGUUUUCUUGAUGAAAUGGUUUCGAUGGACCGUGGAGUAUUUUGAGGAUUUACAAAACGUCCCUCAUUGCACGUGGAUAGUGAUGGAAAAAGAUCCUAAAACACAGAAAUAUCAUCUGAACACACAUUUACAAACGUGGUCUGAGCUUGAGGAUCAGCAAAGGGCGAAGAAGUUGAAAGAAGACACUUCAGAUGAGUUGAGGCUUACUACAAACGGGCAAUUAGAUGAUAACGAAAUGAAUACGGUUGCAGUUGCAGCAGCUAAAGCCAAGGAUGAGCAAGUGAAAAGGUCACUAGAAACCAUGAGGAAGUAUGAAGUGCUGUUCAAAAAUAAGAACACCAAAGAAGCUGGCAUUUGA